UUCUUUCCCUGUAAAACAUUCUAAGCACCAUUUCACUCUAUUGCUCACACACUCUAUUUCUUCUUCGACCUUCCUUUCAAAUCUUCAAAACUUAAAUUCAAUUCAAUUGGAGCAAGUUUUAACCUUUUUUUAUUAUUUUAAGAUUAAUAGUUUCUGUUUGGUUACAAGUGUUUCUUCAUCCUAGAGUCGACAUGGCUUACGCUGGCUCGCUGGACGAAAUUUUACCUUCGGAUUCAACCGCGAGGCAAAUCAAAUUGGAGAAAGAGAGUGAACUGAGAAUCGAAGUCGGUAACGAUGCGCCGCUCCGGCUUCGGCUUCUUAAUGGCAGCGCCGAGAUUUACGGAACUGAGUUACCUCCCGAAAUCUGGCUCACUUUCCCUCCGCGACUUAAAUUUGCAGUUUUUACAUGGUAUGGAGCCACAGUUGAAAUGGAUGGCAUAACUGAAACUGAUUAUACAGCUGAUGAGACUCCCAUGGUUAGUUAUGUAAACGUACAUGCUGUGCUAGAAGGGCGGAGAAACCGCGCCAAAGCAGCCGCGGCAAAGGGCUCUGACACUUUUCUGGGUCCUAGGGUAAUUGUUGUGGGACCUACAGAUUCUGGAAAGAGCACCUUGUCACGGAUGCUGCUUAGUUGGGCAGCUAAACAAGGUUGGAAACCCCUGUUUGUGGACUUGGAUAUUGGCCAAGGAUCUAUAACAAUACCUGGAUGUAUUGCUGCUACUCCAAUUGAAUUGCCCAUUGAUCCAGUUGAAGGGAUUGCACUUGAAAUGCCUCUUGUUUACUCCUUUGGGCACACAACUCCAAGCAACAAUGUAGAUUUGUACAAAGUGCUUGUGAAGGAGCUUGCCCAAGUAUUGGAGAAACAAGUUACUGCUAAUGUGGAAUCUCAAGUGGCAGGGAUGGUGAUCAAUACCAUGGGAUGGAUAGAAGGUGUUGGAUAUGAGUUAAUUCUCCAUGCAAUUGAUUCAUUCAAUGCCAAUGUUGUCUUGGUAUUGGGUCAGGAGAAACUUUUCAGCAUGCUGAGGAAUAUAUUAAGGAAAAAACCUGAUGUUGAUGUUGUGAAACUUCAAAAGUCAGGUGGUGUUGUUUCCAGGAAUGCAAAAAUCCGUCAGAAGGACAGAAGUUGUAGGAUAAGGGAAUACUUUUAUGGUCUCACAAACAAUAUCACCCCAUGUGCUAGUGUUGCAAAUUUCAGUGAUUUGCUUGUCUAUAAAAUUGGUGGCGGACCACAGGCACCUAGAUCGGCUCUACCAGUUGGUGCAGAUCCUGUUGCCAACCCUCUGAGAUUAGUGCCUGUUAAUAUUGACCGGGAUUUGCUGCACUCAGUUCUUGCUAUUUCUUAUGCCAAAGAACCUGAUCAACUUCUCUCAAGUAAUGUCGCCGGGUUUAUCUAUGUCACCGAAGUCGACACACAGGGGAAGACAGUUACAUAUCUUGGACCAUCAGCAGGGAAUCUUCCGAGCAAAUAUCUGAUAAUGGGAACUUUGUCAUGGCUUGAAGCGUGAAGCUUCUUCAGGACAAAAUCAGAGACGGGGGAGAAGAAAUACCACGAAAAACAAUUUGCAACACUAAGUCCUUAGAGAAAGUCUACUCCCUGGAGUCACAUAACGCCAUAGAUGAAGAGCAAUAUUGUGCAGAGCAAGUCCAACAUGAAAGAGCAAUGUAUAUUUCUAAUUGUGCAAACGUUGUGUUGCUUGCAUUCAAGGUUUUCUACUUUACCCUUUCUGGAUUUGUAAAUUAAACACAGAUUUUGGGAUAUUUUCUGGUAUCAUCGCCUCUUUUUAAGAUGCCGGUAGAGCUAUGUGUUACAUUUCAUUGUGUUUUUCUUCAGAAUUGAUUGUAAGUUUCAUUAAUUUCUCCAGAAAUUACUUAUUUC